AUGGUUUCCAUAAAAGCUUCAAUGGCCAUAGCCGAUACAGAAUCAUGGUGUUGCGCCAUAGCUCUGAUAGCCCUUAUUCUAAUGAGUUCCAUAAAAGAUGGCUCUGCAAAUGAUCCUGUACGAGGAAGGCAACUUCAAGACAGACCCUGCGACGAAAUAUAUGUCGUCCAAGAAGGAGAAACCCUUCAUACCAUCAGUGAUAAAUGUGGUGACCCGUAUAUAGUCGAGAGCAACCCCCAUAUUCAUGACCCUGAUGAUGUUUUUCCUGGACUUGUCAUAAAGAUUACACCUACAAAUCCCAGGUUGAAGCUGCAGCCGAGGAAUUAG